AUGCCCCUCCCACGUGUAGAAGAAUCGAACGAUGCACUCCUGUCUGGUGGAGCAAAGGGUGUUUUUUCCCAGGAAGGUUUUCAAGAGACUGAAGACGAUCACCCUGAGGAUUUCUUCGAGACGGAGCCUGGCCUGAAUGCUCUAAAUGCUAUCGAGCCACUUGAAGAUGAUGAAGGUGCCGGUCUCAUCACAGGCGUCCAACCCCCUCCUGUUACACAAACCUUCACUACCUUCUCUAACUCCUCCACCAUCUCCAACUUUUCGACCUUUUCCGGAGCAUCGACUCUGUCGAUCCGGAGCUCUGGGAAAACCUUUUCUCUAAAGGAUCUUUGUGAGAAUGUCAUCGGACAACAUUUAUGGCUUCAAACGGCCAGGAUCGUCAGCACAUCCUGCUAUUCUCAGUAUCGAAAUUUCAUCCUACAUCGCUUCCUCAUCCUCCAGUUAUGGCGUCCAGGGAAGAAGGAUAUAUGGCUUCGGAUUGAUCGCAGGGCUGGAUUGAGUCUUCUACAACUCGCACGAAAACUCGGAAAAACUGGUGCCAACGAUACAGUGCAGCUGUCAGCGUCUGAGGAAGCCCUCACCGGAGAGGCACGCAGGGAAAACAUUCAAAUAUUUAAAAGACCACCCUUCCUUGGUGACUUUGGUGUCUAUCUUCGCGUCAUUUCUGAAGAAUUGCUGGAGUAUAAAAUUUGGCCUGAGAAUUGUUGGACGUUCUGUUCGCUUUUGCAAGAACAUCUUGGGAUCUCGGGAGAUGGGGAUUACACGUUCGGAAUUCUGGUUGCCCGGAACAUAGCACCUCUUGUCCGACAGAGAAUAUCUGAGCGAGUGAUGGCCGAUGUAACACCCCGUAUGAAGAUCAUGACAGCAUUGCAGAGUUCGGCUCGGUGGCAGUUCCUAAACCUUGCGAAGCCAAGAGGGUGGCUUGGUCGUUCCGUUUGGGUAUUCUUCACCCGAACUGCAAACCUGGUCCAAGACUCAGAUACCCACUACCGCCCACAAGACAUCCUGAAGUGGAUUACGGAUUUCUCACUUUCGGAACGCCUAGAAAAGGCUGAUUUGCACUCUCGUGUUGCUCUACACUGUAUUGACAUCCUUGGCCGUUUACCAAAGGAAAAUCCUUUCCAACUCCCUAAUCCCUUGAUCCUCAACUCUGACAUCCCGGACCUCGCUCUCAAGAUCCAAUCGAAGAUUUCCUCCGAUGUUGAAUAUGCUGCGCUUUAUGGCCUUCUCCACGUAGCGGCAAUUGGAAACCCUUCAACGGAACUACUGAACAAAUUAGAAACGUUUUUCGUCGAAUCAAUGAUGAGAUGGUUGGAAGUUCUGAGCCUCCUAGGGGCAACAAAGAAUGCACUUGUUGAGCUGGACAAAGUUUUUGCGUGGUACCAGGGUUGGAGCCGCAAUUUGCAAGACCGGAGUUUGGGAAAAUCUUUACUCCGAUCCCUGCUACGGUGUCGUCGAUUUGUCUACCAAUACUACGGAGUCAUCUCAGUUUCUGCCGGACAUAUCGGACAUUCAGCUAUGUCUCAUUCAUCCGACUCAGAUUGGCAAAUGCAAUACCCCAAAUCAUUCGAUAAAUACCUGCCAACGGCGGAAGGCCUGGGUUCUGGAUGGGACGGUUGCCUCAACAUCAUACGAGGGCACCCCAACGCGGUUAUCUCUGUCUCAUUCUCAUCUGAUGGAUCCAGGAUAGCCUCAGCAUCCAGCGACGCGAGAGUAGGAAUCUGGGAUGUUGUGACUGGGGAAGAGCUAUGCAUCCUCCGAGGGCACGCUAGUUGGGUCUUUUCGGUUUCAUUCUCAUCUGAUGGAUCCAGGGCAGCCUCAGCCUCAAUGGAUGGGACAGUACGAAUAUGGGACACUGCGGUGGGGGAAGAACUCAAGGUCCUCCGAGGGCAUGCUAGUUGGGUCUUGUCGGUCUCAUUCUCAUCCAAUGGAUCCAGGGUAGCCUCGGCAUCCUUGGACGGAACAGUGAGAAUCUGGGAUGCGGUGGCUGGGGAUGAGCUCAAGGUGCUCCGAGGACACCACGGUUCCGUCCAGUCGGUCUCAUUCUCAUCCGAUGGAUCCAGGGUGGCCUCAGCAUCCAGUGAUAUGACGAUACGGAUUUGGAAUGCUGUGACCUGGGGACAACUCAAGGUCCUCCGAGGACACACUGAUUGGGUCACGUCGGUCUCAUUGUCGUCUGAUGGAUCCAGGGUAGCCUCAGCAUCCUCGGACAGCACAGUACGAAUCUGGGAUGCAGCUACUGGGAAGGGACUCAAGACCCUCCAAGGGCACGCUGGUUUGAUUCAGUCGGUCUCAUUGUCAUCUGAUGGAUCCAGGGUAGCCUCGGCAUCCGAUUAUAGGACGAUACGAAUUUGGGAUGCCGUGACUGGGGAAGAACUCAAGGUGCUCCUAGGGCACACCGAUUGGGUUACAUCGGUCUCAUUCUCAUCGGAUGGAUCCAAGGUAGCUUCAGCAUCCAGUGACAGGACGGUACGGAUCUGGGAUGCAGUAAUCGGGGAAGCAAUUUCUGUUGGGAACAAGUCCUUCCAUUCUGAUUUGCACAAGAAUCCGUUUUCCGACCCAGUCGCUAUUCCCUACGACUGCUCAUUUGCCGAAGUCAAACAUGAUAAGCCUAACCGCCUUCACCUUUUUCUAGGGAGAUGCGGAACCCCUCAUUUUAUUGCCCCUUCUUAUAUCAGCGACGUUAUAUCCAAUUGGGAAAUUUCGCAAGAUGGGCAAGCCAUUACUGUUCGUACGGAUGGCCAUGGGCUUUUCACUAUCCGAGCACCGAAGAAACACCGUUGUGCACAUACAUGA